UUUGACCGCAUAGUUUUUGUCGUUGUUAUGAUCUACGGAGACAGCGCUCACUUCAAGUAAGCAUGUUUCUAGCAAGUCAAACUAUCUGUUCCUAAUUUCGAUUUCAAGAUUUCCCUGAUUUGAGGAUUGACUUAUUGCUCAUCGUCCAUUGUCGUCCUCAGUACGUAUUUGUAAUAAAAGCAAACAAUAGUUAUGUAAUGUUUGAAAUCUGUCAAUGAAUACUGAAAAUAAAUCCAAGCUAACAUUAUCAAAUUGUGUUUGUGAUAUUUGUCAGUGCUUUAAUAAUAAACUAGAAAAUAAACAAUAUACUCAUGUUAAAUGUAAAUUGAAUGAUAAAGUUAAAUUAUGGAAUCGUUACGAAGGAAUUGUGAAAUUUAUUGGUCCUAUUCAUUUUAAAAGUAAUGUCAGUGUUAUUCUUGUUGGCAUUGAAUUAGAUUCACAUAUUUCUAGAAUUACAUUAAACAAUUAUAAUCUCUACUGUGAUCAAAUGAAACGUAUUCUUGUACCAACAACAUUUUUUACAUUAUUAUCACCAGGACAACGUGGUUAUGCACAAAUUAAAGGUUUUAAAAUGAAUCCAAAUUAUAAAUUAAUACAGAAAAAUCGUGAACUUUAUAAAACUAUAUGAAGAAUAUAAUGGAAGGGUCCAAGUAUCAUCUGUUCAAUAUUCCAUACUUUAAUAGUUGAAGCAUUAUAUCAUUAUAAAUGCUAUGAUAUAUAUAUUUUAUAUAAAUAUAUAUGAUAUUAGAAGAAUCU